AUGAUUAUUGUCAUUUUUGGGUAUGGAAUUGCAUCAAGAGCCAUGAUAGCCUAUGGUACUUUCGAUUUCGAUGGAAGACAAUUUUUUCGCAAUGUUAUAUAUCCAGUUUAUUAUUUUAUGCUGGGUAGUUUUGAUAAUGAAGUUGAAUCAUUUGAAGGUAAAAUUUGUAUCGAUCAAUUGGGCACUGUCUAUGUGGCUGAUACUUCGAAUCAUCGAAUAAUACGUUGGCCCAAAGGAGCCACACAAGGAAGUGUGAUUGUUGGUGGAAAUGGUGCAGGACGACAGUCAAAUCAAUUAACAUCCCCCGUUGGUUUAUCAUUCGAUCGACAUGGUAAUCUCUAUGUUGUCGAUUACGAAAAUGAUCGAGUACAAAAAUUUAAUAUCGAACAGACAGCAAAUUAA